AUGCACUUUUCGAUCAUUGACGUAGGUCAUGGGGCAAGGGAUGGAGUCGUUCUGGUGAGAAAGGUCGGAAUAAAUUGUGUAAAGUGUCAAACACCAUCAACUGCCGCACCUGAGGGAACUAGCAAGUUUCGACGGCUACUACAGCGGAAUAAUUCACGAGCUGAAGCGGUUUUAACAAAAAACGGGUGGGUUCGAGGUGUGAAAUCCCGGGAUGGUGACUACGACAUGUUUCUGGGAAUACCUUACGGGAGAGUGAAACAAGACAAUCCUUUCGGGGAUGCCGAGCCUUUUGGGAAGUACGAUGGGGUUUUCGAAGCCAUUGACAAUUCUAAGAUUUGUCCCCAACUCGACGAACUGUCAAAGACGUUUGGUGGCACCAUUGACUGCUUAAAUAUAAAUGUUUAUGUUCCUCGUUCACGAACCGGAAAACUUGCUGUGAUGGUUUAUAUUUUUGGCGGUCAAUUUCGAUUUGGUUUCGCUGGGAAUUUUAAAGGAUAUUCCAUGUACGGACCACGACAUUUACUGAGAUAUAACAUAAUAUACAUAAUUUUCAAUAAUCGCCUUGGUCCGUACGGCUAUAUGUGUUUAGGAACAAGAAAAGUCCCUGGAAAUGCUGGUUUGAAAGAUCAGUCCCUGGCACUGAAGUGGGUAAAGGACAAUAUAGAAGCAUUUGGGGGUGACUCAAACAAGAUAACAUUGUUUGGGCACAGCAGUGGAGCCGUCUCAGUGGAUCUUCACAUACACUAUCAGCCGAGUGACUUAUUUCAACAAGCAAUUUUACAGAGUGGCAGCAUCACGUUUAGAGGUAGCGUUGGAAACAUAAACACUAGUGUACCACUAAUAUUAGCUGAUAAAUUAGGCCUAUCCACGAACGAUGUAGAUGCUGCACUUCUAUUCCUGACGAAGAAGGAUCCAAUCGAUGUUGUAAAGGUUUCAGUGAAUACAAUUAAAGAAUAUAAUCCCUGUGUGGAACAAAAAAUACAAGGCGUAAGACAUAUGAUAACACAUGAUCCUAAAAGACUUGUUCCUAAGGUUGAGAAGCGAAAAAUUAUGAUCGGACACACGAGAGAAGAAUCCAACAUGCUAUAUGCUAAGAUUCCUAAAGAAUACUUUGACAAUAACGAUGUAUUUAAAUACGUUAUUCCACUAACGUUUGAUCUAAAUCAAACACAGCUAAAUUUAGCUCUGUCUGAAGUAAAGCACUUUUAUAUAGGAGACAAUUUGGUAUAUUAUUACGUUUUUACCUAUUGCGGCGGACGAAACUUGCACAAAGUUGUCAACAACAUUACGGCAGAUGGCGCCAUGCACGCAGAUGAAGUGGGUUACAUAUACCAGCCCACUUUUUUUGAAGACACUACACAAAACGAUCAGCUGAUUGUCGAUAAAAUGACUAAAAUGUGGACGAAUUUUGCUAAAUACGGAAAUCCAACGCCGACACCGACAAAAUUGCUGCCAGAGACAUGGAUUCCUAUUACCGAAGAGAGUAAACCUUAUCUUAGAAUAGAUCUAGAGACACAUAUGGAUAUAGAAAUUCUGCCACGAAUAGCAUUUUGGGACCAGCUCUUCAAAAAAUAUUCGAAAUAUAUUCGUAACUAG